CUGCAUACCAUUUCCGCAUCAGAAAUCCCCAACGCGACACGCUCCUCUUCCAACACCUUUCGACACUACGCCCUGCAUAUCAAAUCGAUUCACGAGGCCGAACGCUGAAAUCGACGACCAUAUCCUCGCGACCUAACUUGCCUCACAGAAGGUGCGCACACCACCAGAUCCGACUCGAGCCGAUCACCUCCUCGCCUAACCGAAUGAUGGUCAUGCAAGCCCACAUUACCCGAGACUUAUAACAUAGGUACAACCAUGGCGCCCACGGGCGGUGGAGGAGGAGGAGCAGGAGGCGGCGGCGGCGGCGGCGGCCUCGGUGGAGGGGGGAAUAUCAAGGUCGUGGUCAGAGUGCGACCGUUCAACAGCCGCGAGAUCGAUCGCAAUGCGAAAUGUAUUGUUCAGAUGCAGAAUGCCCAGACCGUCCUGCAACCACCUCCAGAGGCUGAAGACCGUCUUCGAAAAGGUGGAAAGGAUGGUGCAAGCGCCCAACGGACCUUUAAAUUCGACAAGUCCUACUGGUCUUUCAAUAAGGCAGACCCAAACUACGCCGGGCAAGACAAUCUGUUCAGCGACCUGGGCGUUCCGUUACUCGACAACGCCUUUCAGGGUUAUAACAACUGCAUCUUCGCGUAUGGGCAGACAGGCUCGGGGAAGUCCUACAGCAUGAUGGGGUACGGUGAGGAGGCUGGUGUUAUUCCUCGAAUUUGUCGAGAAAUGUUCGAGCGGAUCAGUGGGUUGCAGUCUGAUCCACACCUGACUUGCACUGUCGAAGUCUCCUAUCUGGAAAUCUACAACGAACGAGUAAGAGAUCUUUUGAAUCCGGCUACCAAGGGCAAUCUCAGGGUCAGAGAGCAUCCUUCUACAGGUCCUUAUGUGGAGGAUCUGGCCAAGCUGGCCGUCCGGUCCUUCAGUGAGAUCGAGAAUCUUAUGGAUGAAGGUAACAAAGCCCGGACAGUGGCGGCCACAAAUAUGAACGAAACUUCCAGUCGCUCCCAUGCCGUUUUCACCCUGACCCUCACGCAAAAGCGCCACGACGCCGAAACCAAUAUGGACACCGAGAAAGUCGCAAAAAUCAGCUUGGUCGAUUUAGCUGGCUCCGAACGUGCAACCUCCACUGGCGCUACCGGUGCCCGCCUCAAGGAAGGAGCAGAGAUCAAUAGGUCACUCUCCACCCUUGGUCGAGUUAUUGCGGCGCUGGCAGACCUUUCUUCCGGCAAAAAGAGCUUGAAAGUACCAUAUCGAGAUUCGGUCCUGACCUGGCUUCUUAAGGAUUCACUUGGCGGCAACAGCAUGACUGCGAUGAUUGCCGCAAUCUCACCAGCCGAUAUCAACUUUGAGGAGACACUAAGCACGCUACGAUACGCCGAUUCGGCCAAGAGGAUCAAGAACCAUGCUGUCAUUAAUGAGGAUCCAAACGCACGUAUGAUCCGCGAGCUCAAGGAAGAACUUGCCAAACUCAGAAGCCAGCUUGGAGGGACGACUGCUGCUGGUGCCGAGGAGACCUACCCCGAAGGGACACCACUUGAUAAACAAAUGGUCUCGAUUGUGCAGACGGACGGCUCAGUCAAGCGUGUCAGCAAAGCCGAAAUUAUGGAUCAGCUGAGCCAAAGUGAGAAGUUGUACCAGGACCUCAAUCAGACUUGGGAAGAGAAGCUCCAAAAGACGGAACAGAUUCAUAAAGAGAGGGAAGCUGCGCUAGAAGAGCUGGGCAUCAGCAUCGAGAAGGGGAACGUAGGCAUGAGCACCCCCAAGAAGAUGCCUCAUUUGGUCAACCUGAGCGACGAUCCUCUGCUAGCUGAAUGUCUCGUCUACAACCUGAAGCCGGGGGUCACUACCGUCGGGAACGUGGACUCGUCCGAAGCUUCGGAAAUCAGAUUGAAUGGGUCCAAGAUCCUUGACCACCACUGCAAACUCGAGCACGUCGACAACGUGGUGACAAUCAUCCCACAUGAGGGCGCUGCUGUAAUGGUCAAUGGCGUGCGUGUCGACAAGCCCAAAAGGCUGAAAAGUGGAAAUCGUAUUAUUUUGGGGGACUUCCACAUCUUCAGGUUUAACAACCCAUUGGAGGCAAAAGCCGAGCGCGCCGAAAGAAGUCUGCUCCGACAAUCUGUCACUGCCAGCCAGUUGAGUUCCCCAACGCCAUUCCGCCCAGGACACGAAAGGAGCAGGAGCGCUGCAGGAUCAGAGUUCGAUGGCGAAUCAAGCCGAGCCCAGUCUCCAGGAUUCAGCAGCAACAAAGACUCGGACUGGUUCUUUGCUCGUCGAGAGGCCGCCGGCGCGCUUCUUGGGUCAGAUCCAAAGAUUAUGCAACUGACAGACGAGGAGCUAGACAGUCUCUUUGAGAAUAUCCAGAGAGCACGAGAAGAACGACGCGGACGUUCCGACAACAAACAUUUCGAACAUGAUGAAGACUCAGACGACCUCAGCUCUUUUCUGGUGCGCGACAAGUACAUGUCGAAUGGCACCAUCGAUAACUUUUCUCUCGACACGGCCCUGACUCUCCCAGGCACACCUUCUGUACAUGGCAGUUCGCAAGAAGAUGGCGAACCGACCUUGACCCCGAGUCAAUUUGGACACCAAGCUCAGCACCAGAUGCACAAAGCUGGGGAAGAGGAGAAGCAAGCAACCGCCGAGAACACAUCCAAAGAAGCAGAGCGGGAGGCCCAGGCGGUUCAGAUGCAGCAAGAGUUAGAACGGGCAAGACAGGAGUUUGAAGAAGAACUUCGAAAACAGAAAGAGGAGUAUGAGGCACAGAUCAAAAAGAUGGACCAAGAUGUGCGGAUACGAGAAGCUGCUCGAACAGCAGCUGGAUUCCUGCCGCUGGAAGCUUCCGAGAUAGCCAUUGCACGGAACGUCGUGGAAAAAUGGCAACAAAGAAACUACAUCUUGAUAGCGGAGGCAAUAUUGCAAAAUGCUGGUCUCCUCAAGGAAGCACAGGUCAUGAGCAAACUACUGGAUCACGAUACCAACUUUCAAUUUGUGAUUCUGGACAAUGGACAAGAACGUGGCUCGUCGUAUGACCUCAUCCUCCAAGAUAUAUCUGGGGACGACGAUGAUGCUCUAGCGGAUGCGCGCAAGCCAUGUCUCGCCGUGAGGGUUAUUGACAACCAGCUCAGCUGUAUCCAUCUUUGGUCUCUGGAAAAACUCCGACUACGAGUGGCCAAAAUGCGGCAGAUGCGCCAGUACAAGAACCAGCCAGAAUAUCUGCAGCAUUUCCGGAUGGACAACCCCUUCCGCGACUCCGACCAGCCCUUGUUUUCGCUGAUUGGCGAUGGGAGCAUUCCUCUUACCGCUGUGUUUGAAACUCGGGUGCAAGAUUUUGUGGUAGAGAUAUCCUCGCCGUCUACGAGACAAAUUGUGGGCAAGGUUCGGAUGUCCUUGGAACCAUCACUGGCAGAGUCUCCGCCUUCCACAAUCAAAUUCAACAUUGUGAUGCGUGAUUUUGUGGGCUUUGCUGAACACGAGGGGACACAAGUGCACGCGCAGAUGACUGUGCUAGGAACCGAGGAUGAGAGCGUGGCGACCACCCAGCCCAUCCACGGGUUUGGCGAUGGCCCGGUACGCUUUGAGAGCAUCCACAACCUGAGUAUCCGUCGAUCUGGGGAGAAAUCUGCAACUUUGAAGAUCGCCAUUUUUGCUCAAGUCAGCUCAACGCAUCUCGACAAGCUGAUCAGCUGGGAUGAGCUUCGUGAAAUGAACGAACAACCUCCCGAUCAGCAACCUGCUCAUCGCUUGCCAGAAUCUGAGUACACUGUUGAGGAACGGCAUGACGUUUUUGCAAAGGUCCAGAUCCUAGAGCUAGCGGAAAAUGGCCAGUACAUGCCUGUGGAAGUCAUUCAAAACAACCCGAACGAUUGCGGAGCGUUCCAGCUGCACCAGGGGCUUCAGCGUCGAAUUUCUGUCCAUCUAACGCACGUCCUGACCGAAGGCCUGCCAUGGGACGACCUGAAGUCUUUGCGGGUUGGGGAGGUUCACCAACUAGAUUCGUCUGGGCGCGUCACCGAUAUUGCGUCCAUCACACCGGACAUUCCCCUUAAGCAAAUCCAAGAGCCCAUGAUCAAAGACAAUGCCGAUGGCACCUCAAACAUCACGAUCGUGGGACAAUGGGACAGCUCUUUACACAAAACUCUCCUCCUCGACCGCGCCACGAACGAGAACUGCAGAGUUCAGAUAUCGUUGCGCUGGGACGUUUUGUCCAGCCGUCUCGGGCACGAUCAGCCGAUGACAUUCUCCAUCGACCAACAGCUACAGAUUUUGCCGCGAUCCUACGUUCGUCCGCAGUCUAUGUUCAAAUCCUUUUGGAACCAAACGCGGGUAACUCACUCCACAGACGGGCUGUUCUCGAUUGUCGUGCGACCAGUCAGCGCGAAACGAGCAGCAGAUCUAUGGCGUCUAGAUACUUCCAAGAAUUACAUCAACGGGGAAGAACUUCUCGGCAAUUGGCAACCACGAGGUAUUUCGUUGGUGAAAGAUUAUCUGAUUGCCCGAAGGAAAAGGCGUCAAUUGGAGGACAUCGAAUCCGCAAAAGCCGCACUGGGACUUCGCAAACUGAGUGUCACCGCACACAAAGCUCGGUCUCGCGCAGCAUCGCCUUCUAAGAUGGAUUCUAGGGAAGAGGAACUUCUACGCAAAUAUCUAGCGAUCUGGAUGAAGCCGAGUGCGGAGAUGAAGAACCCCAUAUUUGAUGAUGGCGACGAGGGCACGCGUCCCCGACCGUCGCCUACACCAGCGACCGAGACAUCGCGAUCAUCGUCGACCCGUUACAGAGCCACCGUCACCCACGUCCCCAAGAACACAGUAUCUCUCAAAUCAGGCUAUCUUCUCAUGCCUUCGGAAACCUACGAACCAUCCCCGUCCGGUAACCAUGCGAGCACCAUGCAAUGGAAACGACGCUUCGUCGAUCUGCGCCCUCCUUAUCUUCACAUUCAGUCCGUCCCUGAUGGGGAGGGGAUCAACGCGGUAAACCUCACGCAUGCACGAAUCGAUCAUGAUCCGGACUUUAAACGUUUGCUUGGCGGUGGAUCAUCUAUUUCACAUGACGGCGCCGAUUUUGCGUCGGGAGAGCAGCGGGGUCAUCGAAGGACCGGGAGCAACGCGGAACUCCAUGGUCUAGCCCACGUAUUCGCGGUGUAUGGCGAGCAGAACACCUUCUUGUUUGCAGCGAGAAGUGAGAGUCAGAAGGUUGAGUGGAUCUUGAAGAUCGAUCAGAGUUACUUUGCCGAUGAUGGGGAACAAGAUCAGGUCGAGGUCUAAAAGGUGAAAGAUUCACCCACUCUGGGAUGGAGUGGAAAGAUUGGAGGUCGUCGACUAGAUGUGAUUUGGAAUCUGAACAGGUGGUCGGGGAGGUUAUCUCAAUGUGAAUGUGAUUGCAUGUCGAUUGAGCACGAAAAAAACAUGACUUGGACGUGGACUGAGCAGAGCGAUUGUAGAUCUGACUUGAAGAUACCCCUCAGCUGUUAUCAAUAUCACUUUUGAAAUCUCUCGCCC